AUGGAUGAAGCAGGCAUCAUGGAAGGACUUGGGGAGAAUGGCCUGGUCGUUGGCAGUGCUGAAAAACGAUCUGUACAAAAGAAGACGCCUGGUUCUCGGGUCUGGACGUCGUUCAUCGAGUGCGUGUCCGCUGCCGGCACCUUCCUCCCUCCACUCGUCAUUUUCAAGGGCAAAUCGGUCCAGCAACAGUGGUUCCCAGAAGAUCUCAGUACUUUUAUGGCUCGAAAGGUGUUCAUUCCAAGAACCCAGCCACCCGACCCUUCGGAGCGAAGACUGCUAGUAUUGGACGGCCACGGAAGUCACGAGACGGUUGACUUCAUGUAUCUAUGCUACCAGCAUCAGAUUCACCUUCUUUUCUUACCUCCCCAUACCUCUCAUGUGCUGCAACCGCUCGAUUUGUCUGUCUUCUCCGCUCUUAAGCACUACUACCGCAAACAGGUCGGAUUUCUCAGCCUCCUGACCGAUUCAAGCCCAGUCGGCAAGCAAAACUUUCUUUCCUGCUACCAGAAAGCACGCGAGCAAGCGCUCACUGUGUCAAACAUCAAGGGUGGCUGGAAAGCGACGGAUUGCGUGGUCGACCCCGAGGCGCUCGCAAGAUCUGAAGGUUCAGGUAGUUCAAUUCAACCAGCUAGACGACGACGUGCCCACGAAGAGAUUGCUGUUCAGGAAGAUCACAAAGGGUUUGACGAGAAGGAUGGCCUUUAG